AUGGACCUUUGCCUCCUGCCGUUGCAGCAGCCACCUGCUGGACAGGUGUCCAACUUCACGAAUCCGAGCAACCUCGUUGUCCCAACGAUAGCGAUCAGCACCAUCUUCACAGGACUAUGUUUGGCAUUUCUGGCAGGAAGGUUCGCUCAGAACUGGAUGAAAAUGAGAACUCCAGACUACUUGGCCAUCGUAGGCUUCGUACUUAGUACCAGUUAUACUGGAGUCGUCAUUGCCAUGCGCAACUUUGCUCGCCAUUCUUGGGACGUGCCAAUGUGUUGGUACCUGUCAGAUUACUCGUGGCAGUUGCUCUUUGCCUCCAAUAUGUUGUUAGGCCCAACUCAAUUCGUUGUCAAAGUGGCAAUCUUGCUUCUCUAUUUCCAAAUAUUCGCUGUAACGACCCGGACAAAGGUGUCUAUCAUAUUAGCCUGCGUAUUCUCCGGGUUAAUCUAUCUCGUCCAUCCCAUAAUGGUCGUCGUAUUCGAAGCUCCUCGAAUUGGACAGACAUGGUCUGAACCAGCACUCAGUGGCAUGGCCGCGAAGCUGACAUAUUAUGCCCCCCUUCAUGGCAUUGGCUCCGUCAUUCUGGAUAUCUGGAUCCUUCUCAUACCAAUUCCAGCCAUCAUAAAGCUUCAAGUGUCUGCCAAAAAGAAGGUGCAGCUUCUUGUUGUUUUCGUGACGGGGUUUCUGCUUCUACUUGAUAAGCCAGGUGACAGCUCGUGGUACCAAGGUCAACUUUUCAUCUGGAUAAUCAUCGAACACAAUGUGGCGGUCAUGGUGGGAUCCAUGCCAGCAUUCGCCGGCAUGAUCAAAGCUCAUGUUUCUGGCUCCUUUGCUUCAUUGAGAUCUAGGAUGUAUGGACGUAGCAGUGGAGUGGGACAUUCGGGCCAGGGAAGCCUACCCGCAUCUUCAAAAUCUCCAAGCAGUUUCGGCAGUGGUACGCCAUAUGGGGCACCCAAAUCACACGCUUACUACUAUGAGCUCAGCGAAUCGAUAACACACCCAUCUCCGAUAUAUGUUGGAAGCACGUCAUGCAACGAGCUCUUACCCCGCGACGAAGAGCAGGGGAUAUUUCGAAGCACUAACUUUGAGCAGCAGUCUUUACAUAAAUCCUCAGACCGCUGUUCGAUUGAAGGUCGUUCGAGGGGUUCGCGGGGCCAGGUGUGA